CGUCAACCCAUCCCAUCGUUGUCAUCUCUUCCCACCGCAAUAGACUUCCUUCUCUCGACUCUCAGAACCUCUCUUGUCUACCUUCGAUUCUCACCACCCUAUCUCCGCUAGUCAGCUACACACGCAUUCUGCUCGGGUCAGGAACAAAUCAUUGAAUCCACAGCUUGUCUCUUCAUACACCUUUCAAUCCCUCAGUCAAGAUGUCCCUCCGCAUCGCCCCAUCCGCAUCCCACCCCUCCAGCACCAGCAAUACCACAACCUCCAAAUUAACCUCCACCACCACCACCACCUCAUCAUCAACACCCUCAACCAACCUCGGUGCCCCCUCCGCCCCCGGUCUACAUGACACACUCCGUGCCGCGCAUACUCACGAAGCAACCACCACCAUCACAUCAAGCCACCCUCUCGAAUCCCGCCUCCAGAACUGGACACGCACACAAGAACGCACACAAAUGAACCUGAUGCGCCGAAACUUCGGUCUAGCUGAACCGUUGCGUCGAGGUAUGGAAUUGAAGAUGGUCAGAGAUGCGGAUUCAUUCCGACCUUCGGUUUUGGGUGCGCCGUCACGUCUACAUGAUGAUAUUUUGACUGGUCGUGAUACCGCGAUGGAUUGGGAGGAUGUUUAUGCUGGGCAGGAUGGUUUGAAGAUGGGGUUGAAUCAAGGUGGAGAUGGACAGGGUGUGGGUUGGACGGAGGAGAUGGAGAGGAAAGUUGGGAUGGGGAAGUGGUGAAAUUAUCAUAAGGAUCUUGAUGAGAGUCUUGAUCGUGAGGUUUUGAUGUUGGGGGAGGGAGUUCUCUUGCUUGCGUCUUCUCCGUGCAUGGCUGGCGUCACUGGUUGGUUGUCGUUGCGUCGAUCAAGGAAGGAAACAGUGUCAGCCCAGACUGGUAUCCAUCUCCUCCUGAGGUCGUCGCAUUUGGUGUAUAACAGACCAUUCGAUAUGUACCAUCCGUAAUCGUAGAUUGAUGAAACCACCUUCUAGGAUCCAGUGAGAUAAUGGAUGAGUCGAAGGUGACCUACUCAUGGUUAUCACAGGACACGAUCAUGGUGCAUGCUCAACCUCCGAACACAAGAUCGCACACCUCCUACUGCCAUCUACAAUCCACAGCCACAGCCAACUUAUCAAUAAUAAAC